AUGGCGAUGAUGAUGACUGGCCGUGUGCUGCUGGUGUGUGCCCUCUGCGUGCUGUGGUGCGGUGCUGCGGCCAUGGAGUCGUCGUUGCCUGGUGCUACCACUGUCCAAAGUGCUUGGCCUGAGGAUUUGUUUCUUAAGUGGCAUGAACUGCUGAAGAACGAGUGCAAGGCAAAAUUUAAGGAUGGGAAUUUUGAUGAGUCAGCUGUGAAUUGUUGUGUUCAUAAUGCGAUGAAGGAUCUUUGCUAUGAUGUUUACGGCGAGACUGUCAUGGAAAAUAAAGACCUUAAAGUUGAGGGUAUUUGCAAAGAGUAUGCUGGAAAACCAGAUGAUGUUGCUAAUUGCCCAAAACCACAAACCAGCUUGUCGUCUGCUGCGGUAACUUCAGUGAAAGUAUCAGUUCCAGAAGUACCGGGAAGGGAAGGAAAUUUGAGAACACCAUCGGAAGAGGAACCGACAGCAUCAGCGGUAGCACCACCGGGAGCAUCAACGGCAAAACCAACAGAUCCACCACCAUCACUGCCUGUGGAAGGACAACCUGACGGUGCAGAUGACAUGCCGGUGCCAAAUUCAGAAGAAACCUCAGAGAGCAUGAAGCCAACCAAAGAUUUGGCAGAAGAGGACACUGUCACCACCGCAGACACCAAACAGAAUGAAGCGUCUAACGGUCAGACCGAAGCAACCAAAAAAACACCGCCGGAAGCCAGCGAUAAUGGUGAUAACGAAACGAACAAGGGCACUGGAGAAGAUAUUCCGAACAAUGCACCGGAAUCCGAUGUUGCCGGGACAGAGGAAAACCAAGAUAAAAAUAAAGAUAAUAAUCCGAAGGAAACACCGGUCGAAGUUGCGGGUAUAAAAGCCGCCACGGUGAAUUCUGGCGACAGUGACGGCAGCACCGCGGUCUCCCACACCACCUCCCCUCUUUUGCUUCUUCUUGUUGUUGCGUGUGCGGCUGCUGCUGCGGUGGUGGCCGCGUGA